AUGUCCUUCAGCUUCAAUUUGGAGGAUUUCCAGCGAGAUCCAACUGAGGAGUACUGGGAAUAUGGAGAAACAAAUGGCCUUCCGGAGAACGGUGCUCGUCUGUUGAAAGAUGUAUCUGCUGCUCCUUGCUCACAUCUUGCAGUCGUCUCUGUUGGCAGUCUACUCGUGCCCGACUUUUUGUGCGUGCACGCUUGGGAGCAGUGGAACAACACAGCUCAGGUUGACAGGUUGGUGCAGUGCAGUGACCCUGGAAUCUCAUCUGUUCCCAUCAAUGUCCCAGCUGACACAGUCAAAUUGCGUCUAGAGAAGACCUUGAUCUCCAGGGUGCCCCGGGCAGCCUUCUACAACCUGUCAGAGCUGCAGUUCUUGGGGCUGGUCUACAACUUCAUUACAUCCGUACACCCGAGCAGCUUUGUCAACCUCAAGGCCCUGCGAGAGCUGCGCCUAGAUGGGAACCUCCUGUCAUCCUUCCCCUGGGAGGGUCUCAGGGACAUGCCACAACUCCAAACUCUUGGACUCCACAACAACCGUCUGUCCAGCCUGCCUGCCCACGCUGUGCUCUUCCUCCCCAACAUCACCUACCUCGACCUGUCCAGCAACAGGCUGACUAUUUUACCUGCAGAGCUGCUGGACCUCUGGUUUCCUCUGCCAGGACAACAGGAGGGUCAAGUAAAGAGGAGAAUAUUGGGUCUCCAUGACAACCCUUGGUUAUGUGACUGCCAGAUCUCCAUGGUGAGGUCCUUGUCCAUGUCUCUUGGGAGUCCAGUAGUUAUCAUGGACCAGUUUCUGAUGUGCAGCAGGUCUCUGGGUCAGUCAGCGAUGCUCCUGACCCAGGCAGAGCUGCCCCGCUGUAUGAGGCCCUCGGUCCAGCCUUCGGCCACCAAAGUCAUUUCUCCUUUGGGCAGCAACGUAAUCCUCCGCUGUGACGCUAGUGGCUACCCAACACCAACCCUAAACUGGAUCAAAACCUCAACUUACACAGAUUGUUGCCAGCAACAGAUCCCUGAGGACUCUGAACAGCUACCCAGGAACUUGGAGAGCUUUAUGCAGGAAUCUCCUCGAGUGGGGGUUCGCUGGUCGAUAAUCAGCCUCAAUGGGUUGUCAUACAAGGAUGCUGGUGAAUACCGCUGCCAGGCACGGAACAUGGCGGGAAUAUCCGAAGCCCAGAUUAAAUUGAAGGUAGUGGGCAACACAAGACUCCGUCUUCCGAGGAAGAAGUCCCAAAAGACUCCAUCCAAAUCAAAAAAACGGAAGCCAAACCAGAGCCCAGGAACUGCCAACACCCCCUCAGUGAAGGGGAAUCAGAUACUCCAAAACAUCCCACCACCGUCCACCAACAACAUCCAGACUGUCCCUAACAUUGUGUCCAAAGUACUCCCUGUAGACAAGAACAUUAAAAGGCCUAAACUGAACAGUGCAAAGAAAAAGAGCCAGAAGUCCACCAAGUCUACAUCUGAGUCCUCAAACAACUCUACAACUGCUCUUUUGUCAGCAAUACUUCUGUAA